AUGGAGCAGAAGAAGGGUUACAAAGUCAAGUUCGCUGAGCUCGACGUCCCUGAUGGCGAAGAGACGGAAUCUCAACCCGCAAGCCGGACGCAAAAUCCAACCGACAACGAUGCGGGAAUGGAUUUAGACGAAGGCGAAACGCAAACUGAGAUGCAGGACAAAUCACCGUCAGAUACUGAACAAGAUGACGAAGGCGAUGAUACAGAAGACCCAGACUCAACAAACACAACCAAGAAUGCCGGGCAUCAGUAUGUUCGGGGAGAGAGGCAAGGUUCAUCUGGGAACUCGGUGCAGUACGAAAUUGCCAAUGUUCCGUGGGGUGUAGAGGGACCGAACGGGCCCAAAUGGCCAUGGUUAUCCUGGAGGUUAGCCGACGGUGGUGUACUCUUGGCCCAGAAACAGACCCAGAUUCAAGGAAAGGGCGAUAACAAGAUAAGUUACUAUGUGGUUGAGUACCAAGUGGAUGAAAACGGGAAACGGCUGCCGGUGGAGGCGGCCAAAAAAGCCCAAGCAGAUGGAUCGGCUAUCUUCUACCAACGGCGGUUGGUCAGAAAAGGGGAAUACCAGAUGGAGAUUGCGGAUUGGGACAAGGACGAGAGAGACAAGUGUGUGUUCAAUGCUACCAGCGAAGAACGAAAGGCCGCGAACUAUACGUUCCAGAAGCUAGAGUUUGUGGCUCCGCUGAGGCCCACGACUGAGAAUCUGAACACCGCGAUCAAGUCCAGUCAGCUGGAAUGCUGUGUACGCGUUAAGGAGCGCAGGCAUCCCAUUUUCUUCAAUUCCACAGAGUUGAAGAAAAUGAUAACGCCCAAAAGGGCCCAGCACUUGAUCGGCGAGAUCUGUAGCAGAGAUAAAAUUCCCUCGCUACCACUCCCCGCCAAAAAGAAAACUGAACUGAACGAGGAAUGUUCCGACAACGAAGAAGAGCUGAAGCGCCUGCGCAAAAGGAACGUGUCGCGGCCUACUCAGAGUCAGGCCUCGGCCGAAGAUCUUCGAACGGAGAC